AUGGAUGAUUACGGGCCUCUAAAUCCGGAAUAUUAUCAUGUAAAAAAGUGUCACAGAUCUAAACUAAAUGUAUUAGCUAAAGGUAACUAUCCUAAGCUAUCGAAUUGUAAACGAUUUGCUUUAGAGAAGAAGGGGUUAUCUUUUAAUUUUAGCCCUCAAGCAAGAGAAGGGCGUUUAGAGGAUACUUGUGAAGUAUUGCAGUGCGCAGAAAUAUCUACAGGCCUGUUAAGGAAUAAUGAUUCAAGAUAUGACUACUACAGUCUCUUUGGAAAUCUUUCAUUAAAUUCAACUUGUGUUCCGUCCUUGGGCAUGUUCUAUUUUAUCUCGAAGAGAGGAAAUUAUUCAGAAUCAGUAGAGGUAUGUCGCAACAAGAAUGGGGUUUUAGCGGAUGUCACAACUGAAUAUAGAACGAAUGCUCUGGCUAAAUUGUUAGCAGACGUUGGUGGGGAAGAAGCGUACAUAAAUCUUAAACGAGACAUUAGCAGCGAUUUUAUUACUACGAACGGUGAUUUACUUGACUGCACAUCUUAUCGUGCAUGGGCUCCUGGUCAUCCAAAGAAACGGGGGAAAACAGACUGCGUGACAAUUACGAGACAUCAAACUUGGCGAUCUGUUUCUUGUGAAGUACGACUCGCAGCGAUCUGCGAGAUUAUUCCUGGAAAAAAUACAGGAAAACCGUCUUUAAACAUCAUGUAA